AUCUUUACAAAAUUUAACAGGAGCAAAUGGAAGAAUGCAGACCUGCAGCCACCAAAAUGCGUUUAUCUUGUUAAAACUUAUUUUAAAAGUACAAGCUGACCCGUUUGUGCAGUUUGCAGUUGGUGCUGCCCACCCAACGAUAAACAGGAACGAAGGUGUAUUGCUGUAGUUUACUGCAAAAAAUGGAAUCCGAUGAGCUCUAAACAAAGGCCUAUAACAUUAUAUAUAUAUAUGUGUGUGUGUCUUUGUGUGGGACAUAAUUGAACCAAGAAUUAGUGUGCUAUGAAAUGAUAAUUCUCUGAAUUCAAGAGUGUGGUUCAGUCAAUAUAUCGCAGGAAGAAAGGGUCUUGAGAAGGGUGUCGGGGGAGGAAAAAUUUUUAUUUGCUGGGUCAGUCUUAAGUAAUGAUCCACUGCAAGAAUUUAUUUGUAUGCUGCAAUACAAUCUGGUAAAUGGUAUAAUUAAAAUGUGCUGCAAACAUGCAUUUGCAAACUAUUACAGACAGUUUUCACAGGAAGCAGAAAUAAGUUACAAAUAUGCAAAAGACUGUAGCAAAUAAUUUUGGAAUACUAUAGCUUGGUCAGAUUUAUGCCAAACAACAAAGGGACAAUACCAUAUAAUUAUUUUGCUUAAUAUCAUAUUGAUUCAACUGUGAUGUAUGUUAUAUCAGUUGUCGAAGUGCCUAAGCAUUUGGUUACUUAACUUGCUGCGGAAUUACUCACUGAACAGUAUGCUACCAAAGUAAAUAUCAUUAAAUCUUGAAUCUUUUGCCAAGAAAUUUCUCCGGUUUUCAUUUUACAUCUAUCAGAAGAGGCAUCACUCAUAUGGGUUGAACCUCAUGGAUUUUGCAGAGUUGCUGAUGUGUGAAGCUUACCCAGGCAUCUGUUUACGUGGACAUCUACUUGCCAGUUACGAUAAGCUUGUUCGCCCAGUAAAGAAACAGAAUGACACAGUAACUGUGGAAGUCCGUCUUGAUGUACUGUACAUCAGUGUUGGAAAUGCUGAAGAUUACAUUACUGUUGCUGGAAAAACCUUCGUGACAUGGACUGAUCAGUACCUCACGUGGACUCCUUCUCUUUAUGAAGGAGUUGAAAAUAUAACAAUAAGCAGUGAUGACAUAUGGACACCUGAUAUUACACUGGUCACUAUGAGUGCACUAGACUUCUCUCUUGCAAAAUUUCCAAGCACUGAGUGUACUUUGUACUCUACAGGGAAGAUAACUUGCUUGCCUUACACAUACUAUAUGGCACACUGUGAUCUUGACUUACAAAAUUGGCCCUAUGAUGUACAUACAUGUACAAUGUGGUUUUCAUCUUGGUCUCACAGAGGCAAACUUGUGAAUGCAACCUUUAAUGGCAAAGGGCUUGAUACAACUCACAUGGAGAAGGAUCGUGUGUGGGAUGUGAUCAAGGCAGAGACAUCUUUAAUAGGCCAUGGUAGCUGGCCAAGUCUUGGCUUCAAAUUCACCAUGAAACGACAUGCAACAGGCCAUGAAAUACGAGUAGUGGUAGUGGGUGUAGUGUUAUGUCUGAUAACAUUAUUCUCUUGGUUCCUGCCUUCUGAUUGUGGUCAGCGACUUACAGUUUGUGUGGUGUCAUUGUUUUUGCACAUGUUCUGCUUGUUACAUGUGGCUUUUGAAAUAUACUUCUAUGGAAAAUCUGUUCCUCAUUUGGUGCUCCUUCUGCGUGACUCCCUUCUAAUAACAUGCAUAUCACUGGUGGGUGCAGUGCUGUCACAAGGUUUGUUCUAUGCAUCGAGACCUGUGCCAAAAUGGCUUAAUGAGCUGAUAACAUCACCAGCAAGCCGUUUAUUAAUGUAUCCAACCAGUUUACCCUCACAACAGAGCACAGACAAAGAUGACAAUGAAGAUAAGACCAAUAGUCUAAAGACACCAGUUCCAAGUGAAUGGAAACUUGCAGCUGUUAUAUUAGACCGUACUGGUGUUUACAUAAUUACUCUUACUUACAUAAUCAUACUUGCAGUUACAAUUCCAAAAUACUGAUCUUGUGUAUGGUUAAUACAUCCACUGUGUGAAAGUAGAAUGAAGAUCAUCACAAAAAUGUAUGAAAUAUGUUUGACGUUGUCAAACUGUAGGUGGCAAAUUAAAAUAAAAUGUUUAUAAUUUUGAAGUUUUCAAAAUUUUUCGUCUCAGUAUGUAACAUAGAUGCAUUUUAUACUCAUUUAUUAACUCAGGUAAUUUUUGGAGCACAAAAGCUACACAUGAUCACCACAUGCCAGUGAUGGAGAUAGAAACGAUUGAGAGAAAACUGAAAUACUUAGCUUUGGUAACAAUAUGUGAUUGUGCUGAAUCCUCUGUAAAAUAAAAUGACACUAAAUGUU